AUCUGCUUUUCCGAGCCCCAAAACUCAAAACCCAAACUCAAAAAUGGUUGUCACUCUCAGACUACCUUCCCUUACCUCACUCUUCUCUCCCUCCAUCUCCGGCCGCUAUCCGGCUGUUCUCCGUCGGCGCCACCAGCUCCGGCCUCUUCCUUUCUCCCCCAGAUUCUCAGCCCAGAGCACGGCUUCGGAGACGGAGAACAGAGUCGACAGCCAGAAGAGCCGAGUCCAAGACCGAGCCGUCACGCCUCGGUCAAAGAACUUUAACGCAUGGUAUCUUGACGUCAUUGAAUCUGCUGAGCUCGCCGAUUAUGGUCCUGUUCGAGGGACAAUGGUCAUUCGUCCGUACGGUUAUGCCAUUUGGGAAGCAAUUCAGGAUUAUUUGAAUGUGAAGUUCAAAGAGACUGGUCAUAGUAAUAUGUACUUCCCACAAUUUAUACCAUACUCGUUUAUAGAGAAAGAAGCAAGCCACGUUGAGGGUUUUAGUCCAGAAUUAGCAGUAGUGACAAUCGGAGGUGGAAAAGAACUUGAGGAAAAACUUGUGGUUCGACCUACAAGUGAAACAAUAGUAAAUCACAUGUUUACUCAGUGGAUUCAUAGUUACCGUGAUCUUCCUCUUAUGAUUAACCAGUGGGCAAAUGUCACAAGAUGGGAGAUGCGCACAAAACCCUUUGUGAGGACUCUUGAAUUUCUGUGGCAAGAGGGGCAUACAGCUCAUGCCACACCAGAAGAGGCAGAAAAGGAGGCUAUUCAGAUGAUUGAGGUCUAUAUAAAAUUUUCUUAUGAGCAGACUGCAAUUCCUGUUAUUGCGGGUCGAAAAUCAAAAGUUGAAACAUUUGCUGGUGCUGAUAGGACCUAUACAAUUGAGGCUAUGAUGGGCGAUCGGAAGGCACUACAAGCUGGAACUAGCCAUAAUCUUGGGCAGAACUUUUCCCGUGCCUUUAGUACACAGUUCACUGAUGAGAACGGACAAAGAGAACAUGUAUGGCAGACGUCAUGGGCUAUUAGUACUCGCUUUGUUGGCGGUAUAAUUAUGACCCAUGGAGAUGAUACAGGGUUAAUGCUUCCACCAAGGAUUGCUCCUAUACAGGUGGUGAUUGUACCAAUUUGGAAGUCCGAUACAGAUAGACAAGGAGUUCUCAGUGCUGCAUCAUCCGUAAAAGAAGUUCUGCAAAUUGCAGGAAUUAGAGUUAAACUUGAUGACACUGAACAGAAAACUCCUGGGUGGAAAUUUAAUUUCUGGGAGAUGAAGGGAGUCCCUUUAAGGAUUGAAAUUGGUCCACGUGAUGUUUCAAGUCAGAGUGUGGUCAUAUCCAGGAGAGAUGUUCCUGGAAAGCAAGGAAAAGUUUUCGGAAUUUCUAUGGAGCCUUCAAUAUUGACGGCUUAUGUCAAAGACAAAUUGGACGAGGUCCAGUCAUCUCUCUUGGAACAAGCUACAUCAUUUCGAGAUAGUAAUAUUGUGGAUGUUACAUCAUAUGAUGAACUUAAAGUGGCAAUAUCUGAGGGAAAAUGGGCGAGGGGUCCGUGGUCCGCUAGUGACGCAGAUGAGUUGAAAGUGAAAGAAGAAACAGGUGCAACUAUUAGGUGUUUUCCUUUUGAUCAACCUCAAGGUGGUGCUAAAACAUGCUUGAUGACUGGUAGUCCGGCCGAGGAGGUUGCCAUUUUUGCAAAAUCUUACUAAAGACUUCAAGGCAUUCUUUACACAUCCAAAUGAGUAUCUGUUUCUGUUUGUUAUGAUAAACUUACAAAUCAAUACCCAUGGAAACUGUUAAUGUUUGUUUGAUACAAACUUAGGGCAAAACAAAUAGUGAUUUUGGGUAGUUUAGUAUCUCUUUCUUGGUCAUUUUGGAUUGUUAGAUUAUUUUGUCAUAUUCAAACAGAUUUCUUCUUGUAUCUGCACAACAGAGACAAUUCAUGUUUGUAUUGUUUGCUUAAUUUGUUAUUUAUAAAAAUGUCAUCUUUGACAA